AUUUGUGCAAAUAAUUCUACAGCAAAAUCAGAUGCUUGAAUGUGCUACUUAUAUGAAAAUGUGUUGAUGCAACUUCAUCAUGUACUGCAUUUAAGGGAGAUUAAGCAACUUGUGCUAAAUUCUUGGGUACUUCAGUUUGAGAUUAUUGUUGGAAUACUUCAACUGCAUUGGUUACAGCUAAUUGUACAAAAAAGAAGUGCAGUGAUAUUUCAGGUAAAAACAAUAAAGUAUGUAAUGAUGAUAUGCCACUAUUUAAAACUACUGAUGAAUCCAUUCUGUGUUUUUGAUGGAACUUCAUGUAUUGAUUACGGAAAGAAUUGUAAUGCAUUUAAUGAACCUAAAGAGACAUGCCCUACUUAUUUAGGUAAAGAUGGUCCAUGUAAAGCUACAACUGUUGGAACUCUUAAAGGAUCAUGUGCUAAGAGAGUAUGUACAGAAGCACCAAAUACUCUUACAACUGAUGAUGAUUAUUAGAAAUAUCAUAAAGAUUGCUAUACAACUGAUUAUGGAUGCACAAGUACUAAAUAAUGUUUCAAUUAGACAUCAUAAGCUGCUUGUAAAUUAAGAGAGGAAUGGAUAUGGGCUAAUUAAUGUACUAAUGCUAUUACUGCAUGUUCUACUUAUAGUAACACUAAUUAUUCAUAAUUUACAAAUUCUAAAGUGAAUGGUAAGUUCUGUGCUUAGUAAGAAUCUAAUUAAACUUGUAGAGCUUAAGUAUGUGAAGAUCAACCAGCAACAAUAGCUUC